AUGCAACGAUACACCUACGAGCCCCUCCCUCCCUCUCAUAUCCGCCUACUAACAAUUUCCACGGGAGAAAACGACCAGCUAUACGCCACCAUCCGUCCCGUCCCCUUCGAUGAGAAGAAUCCCCCAACUUACUCGGCCCUCUCCUACGUCUGGGGUACAGCAGGGUUCACUACCGCUAUGAAAUGCAAUGGCAACACGGUUUUAUACAUCACUCCCACGCUGGACGAAGCGCUACGCAACGUGGCCACCCUACUUCGCGAUCGAGAGUCCAUUUGGGUCGACCAGAUCUGCAUCAACCAGCAGGAUCUGGAAGAGCGGUCGCAGCAGGUCGGGAUGAUGACAGGUAUCUACCAAUGCGCCAGCAAGACCCUCGCCUAUCUCGGACCGCCAACUCCGACAACGGCGCUUGCAAUUGAUCUUAUCAGGCGUGUCGGGACUAUCGCAAGAAAGAUGGCUGGUGAGAUCUUCCUCCAGGAUCGAGAGGAGAGGAAUCGCGGCCUUGCUUCCCUCAUGACCAAGGAGGAGAUCAGCAUCGAGGAGUCAGAAAAGCUCGGUAUAUCGUUCCGCGACCUUGCAUCCUGGGAUGCGCUCAUUGAGUUUUAUGACCGCCCCUGGUACGAGCGAAUUUGGAUUGUCCAGGAAAUGCUACCCAGCCGCAGCGGAUUCGUGAUUGUUGGGACUCUUUCUGUCUCUUGGGAGUCCGUAAAAGGUGCAGCGCUAUGGCACUUCUUCAAGGCUGGCGCGGUUCCUAAGCGGCAUAAACCAUCUGUUAGAGGCAUUGAGCUAACUGCAAACAUGGAUUUGCCUUGGGACUGGCGAGUGGGUGUUGGGUGCGUUAAAGAGCUUGCCGGUCGAAGGGUCAUGCCCACUUUUCGAUGGGAGCUAUCACGGCUGCUCGCCAUGUUCCGACGGAGGAAAGCAACCGAUCCAAAAGACAAGGUGUAUGCGCUUCUCGGCCUGAGCGAGUUUGACUUGGGAAUGGGUUACUUCACAAUCGACUACGCCAAGGACGUCAAAACAAUCUUUACUGACACGGCCAGGGCGAUCCUCAAAGGAGACAGUGACCGAAAGAAGCCGAAUCUCGACAUUAUCCUUCAGGCACGCCGCACUACCUGCAAGUGUGAGGUUGAUGCCGAGCCUCAGGCCGGUGAGUGGCCAAGCUGGGUUCCUGACUGGCGACAGCAUUCGGGGACGGGAUGCACAUGGGGCAUCGGCGAAGACUUUGAAGAAUGGCACGACGAGCAUGCCGCCGGUAAGCAUGUCGAAGAGCUGAGUGAUAUUGCCUCGAACCCUUUCGCUCUUGUGACGCGGGGGGUAGUCCUGGGACGAGCGGUCUACGUGAGCCCUUAUCGCCAUUUCAGCGACAUGGCUCAACAAGGCCGCAUGCGAGAAGCUCGGGACGAAUUUUUGGGCAUGGUGUCCUCCUAUCCAACUGGUCAAGAUGUCGACAUUGCCUUUGCCAUGACAAUGGUCGGCGGAGUUCUGCCCAAAUCAAUCACGGACCGGGGACAUACUGAUCGGUGGUAUGUGGACAAUUAUCUCAAUUGCAUUGACAUCCUAUCGAUGCCAAACGGCACAACCGAAGAGGACCAGCUGCGGGAUACCAAAGUGAUAGAGUACUGGCUGGCUGGUUUCGAGGACAGUUGGUAUCAGAUCGCCCAAAACGCGUACUGCGAGAGGAGAUGGUAUGUCCUCGACACCAACCACGUUGGGUUGGGAAACCAUCGCAUGCAGCAAGGGGACGUUGUCGCCAAGUUGGUCGGCCUGAGCAUGCCCUGUGUUCUUAGGCCUUUGGCCAACGGAAAAGAUUAUCAAUUCAUCGGUGAGGCGUAUUGUCACGGUGAGAUGGCUGGUCUCGGCAAAGGGGUCCCGCCGGGUGUUGAUAUUCCUGCGAAGCAUUCGCUCCAGAAGAUCGUGAUUGUCUAG